AUGCAGCCACCUGCGAAUCCUGAAUGCAAUUGCUCGAUGGUAUUCACACCAAGUUGCUCCUUGAUCGUCUCCAUAAUUGCUGAGGAAGACGCUGAGGCAACAGCAGUGGUUACAAGACGACGCACUGGAAGCAGCCCACCUUCCAGCAGCAUCAAUACGAAUGCACUUUGUGAUCCAGAAAAAAUACCACAACACAUCACACAAUCGAUGAAUUCAUGUGCCACAGCACAUGAAUUCGUUACAGUGUUUUUUUCAAUCAACUUUUCUUUGGAAUUAUUACAAGAAGCGAGUCGUCGUCAUCAAAAAUCGUUCACUCGCGACAUGAACUUGUAA